AGUGUGACCUGGAAUGCAAAUGGAUUUCAGCAUAAAAUGACAUUUCAACUUACAACCUUCAAAAAAUUCCGAUUAUUUUAUUAAUUUUGAAGUAGUGCUUGGAUCUUGUAUCUUCACUGUUUAUUUAUCUUACCAUCUUCCUUUUUAUCAGAUCCUUUCCAUUUUCCUUCGCUACUUCCUUCUAGGCUUCAUUCCCAUGGAGUUUUGAUUUGUCGCACGCUUUACAAGUGUGUGAUGGAUUCCGAUACCGUAUCGUCCGCGGGUGGGCUUGAGGUUGCCCAUCAAAAUGGUGUUUAUCCGUCCGGGGAUGCGUAUGACAGUGGUGUUACAGAUAAUGCGAACGGGACCGUUGCGGAAAGUUUCGAGACUUGUUUAUAUAAUGAAAUGGAUGACAAUGGAGCAACUGAACAAGCUAGAGAAGGGCCAAAUGAGUGUGUGGAAAGCAGUGGAUUGAUUGAUUCUAAGGAAGGGGGAGUCAAAGAUAAUCCGAAACAAUCCGAACCUGAUAAGGUUCAAGGCAAGACCAAGAAUGAAAAGCCCUCUGUUCCCAAAAAAGUUUCUCCAGCUUUAGUGAAGAAACGUAAAGAUGGAAAGAUUGCAAAGGCAACAGUGCCAGCUCCGAAUGGUGGUUCUGUUGCUACAAAUCCACGUAUGAAACAGCCUCUUAAAAGUAGAUCAUUGAACGAAAGACAAGCCAAUGUAUCCAAGCAUUCCGAAAAACCAGAUGCAGGCAAUGCGGAGAAACCAAAGCUAAAGCCUCUGAAUAAAGUUGAAGGAGACACAGAAUCAUCAAGCCCAACGGCAGCUGAUGCUAAAGUUCAUAAGAUCGGUACUCUUCCAAAUUAUGGUUUCAGUUUCAAGUGCGAUGAACGGGCUGAGAAAAGGAAAGAGUUCUACAAUAAACUCGAGGAAAAAAUUCAUGCAAGGGAAGUAGAAAAGAGCAAUUUGCAAGCCAAGUCUAAGGAAACUCAAGAAGCUGAGAUUAAGAUGUUUAGGAAGACUUUGAAAUUCAAAGCGACUCCAAUGCCAAGCUUCUAUCAGGAACCUACACCUCCAAAGGUGGAAUUAAAGAAGAUACCACCUACAAGAGCUAAAUCUCCAAAGCUUGGUCGGAGGAAAAGCUCAACUCCUUCAGACAUUGAUGGUAACAGCAAUAACAAUCACCAACCAGGCCGGCUAAGUCUGGAUGAGAAAGCAUCUCAGAGCAUCUCUGCCAAAGUGAUUUCUCCUGUCCAUGCGAAGAAGUCACAGAGGAAAUCACUUCCCAAACUGCCUUCUCAGAAGACAAGUUUGUCCGGUGCAAAAAAUGAGGAACAGAAAUCCAAGGAGUCUGAUCAGGAAACGACAACUAAACCGAAAGCAACAUCUAAAGUAACAAGGGAGGAGAGUACGGCAUCAUCUUAUUUGAAAAAUGAAGAAUCAUCUCCAAUUCAACAACUGGAGGCAUUUUCCGGAGCUAAUUCAGGUGGAAGUCAGCCUGACUUAGAUCUAGGGCCAGUGAUUGGAGACUUGGAACAAGAGCCAAUUGCGGUGGAGCAUUAAGUAUGGCAAUGGUUUUAAGUGGACACUAGUAUAUAAAGUUCUCGACCUCAUUUUGCAUAAAUAAGGACGACUGAGACUGAAUUAUUUGAUGAUCAAAGGCAUGGAAACUGGAAACUUCUACAUUAUGAGUGAUGAUGAUGUCGUCUUUUGUCUUCUCCGAUAUCCAGCAGCUUCGGUAGGUUUGCAAAGGUUGCUGAGGUUGUUUGCAGCAUUGUAUGUCCUAAUUUAUGUUGUUCAAGGAUGGCUUAUUUUGUUUCUAAAGUUGUCUGCUGUUGGCCAAACCUGCUUAAGUCCAUUUAUAUUGUGUAAAUUGCUCUCUGUUUGUUCUAUGAAAUUAGUGUCUUGCUAUUUGCAGAGAUUGAUUAUCUAUUUAAUUUUACAUUCUUUUAUUGUUUUUUUCUA